AUGGCCCAGCAGCAGAUAACCAGCUCGCAAAAAGCCUUGAUGCUUGAGCUGAAAUCCUUGCAGGAGGAUCCGGUGGAGGGCUUCUGUAUCACCCUGGUGGAUGAUUCCGACCUCUACAACUGGGAGGUGGCCAUCUUCGGACCACCUAACACUCUCUAUGAAGGCGGCUACUUCAAGGCACAUAUUAAAUUUCCCAUUGACUACCCAUAUUCACCACCUACCUUCAGAUUCUUGACCAAAAUGUGGCACCCCAACAUUUAUAAGAAUGGAGAUGUAUGCAUUUCAAUUCUUCAUCCGCCUGUAGAUGAUCCACCAAGUGGAGAACUGCCCUCUGAAAGGUGGAAUCCCACUCAGAAUGUGAGGACUAUCCUGUUAAGUGUAAUCUCACUGCUUAAUGAGCCCAACACCUUUUCUCCAGCCAACGUGGAUGCUUCAGUGAUGUUCAGGAAAUGGAGGGACAGUAAAGGAAAAGACAAGGAGUACGCUGAGAUCAUCAGGAAACUGGUCUCGGCCACUAAGGCUGAAGCAGAAAAGGAUGGAGUGAAGGUCCCCACAACCCUGGCAGAAUACUGCAUCAAAACUAAAGUGCCUUCCAAUGACAACAGCUCAGAUCUGCUGUAUGACGACUAG